UGGAUGCCAAGCAUUCAUGUUCCUCGUCCAGCCCCGGUGAAAUCAGUCCUUGCCCGCAGGAGAGAGGCCAUGGCGGCCGUGUUUCUGCCCGGCAACCUCCAGGAUGAAGCCACUUGCUCCGUCUGCCUGGAAUUCUUCAAAGACCCCGUGUCCAUCGAGUGCGGGCACAACUUCUGCCGGGCGUGCAUCAUCAAGAGUUGGAAGGACUUAGAGAUGGACUUUCCCUGCCCGCAGUGCCGAGAGGUUUUCCAACAGAAGAGCUUCCGACCCAACCGGCAGCUGGCGAACAUGUCCGAAAUCAUCAGCCAGUUCACCCUCCGCGGGGGCAAGGGGGCGGAGGAGGACGGGCUCUGCGCGAAGCACAGGGAAGCCCUGAAACUCUACUGCAAGGACGACCGGAGAACCAUCUGCGUGGUGUGCGACAGGUCCCGGGAGCACCGGCCGCACGCCGUGGUACCCGUCGACGAGGCAUCCGAGGAGUACAAGGAGAAAAUCCAGGGACGCUUGGAUUUCCUGAAAAAGGAGAGGCAAGAGCUGCUGGAGUUCAAAGUGAACGAUGACAAGAAAACCCAGGAGCUCUUGAAAACCAUCGAGAACGAGCGGCAGAAGCUGCUCUCGGAGUUCGAGAGGCUGCGGCAGUUCCUGCACGACCAGGAGCACAUCCUCCUGGGGCAGCUGGAGAAGAUGGAGAAGAACAUUGCCAAGAGGCAGAACGAGAACAUCACCGACCUCUCCAAGGAAAUCACGCUCCUCAACAAGCUCAUCACGGAGCUGGAGGAGAAAAUCCAGCAGCCCAUGCUCGAGUUCCUCAAGGAUGUCAUGAGCAUCAUAAGCAGAAGUGACGACGUCAAGUGCCAGAAGCCUGUGCCAGUGUGCACGGACAUGAAAAUGCACAUCUGCAAUUUUUCCCUCAAAACCGUCGUCCUGGAGAAAGUCUUGAAGAAAUUCAGAG